AAUGACCAUCUCUUUUGGGUAGCAGAUUUUUGGGGGGGCUUAAUGUCGUUUAAUCACUGUUUUAAUUGAUAAAGGUUUGGUUUGGAUUUUUUAAAGCACACAUUUGGUUUUGCUUUUUAAAGUUGCUACUGACGCACAGACAGGAAUUGUAUGCCAACACAGGAGAAAUGUUAGACACCCCCCCCCCCCCCAUAUGGUUGUCUUCUCUUGGGUCUUUGUUGCGUUUGUAGCCGGUUAUUAGCUGGUUCAGUUACUCUCUGCCUCGUAGUUUAAAGACUUGAGACACAUUUUUUUAAAAACACGCGACAAAAUAUAAAAAUAAAUCCUGUAACCACUCUUAUACCUGCCCCUGAUUGUUUAUAAGGGCAUUUUUCUACAGCUGGGUUCAGCACUGUCGAAAGGAAAACGUACUAAUAAAACUAUUGUCAGUCACUGUGGCGUGAGGUCAGGGGGUUAAACUCGGGUCUGACUAAACAAUGUCUUCGUAUCUGCAGAGUAAUGUCUGUUAUCACAGUGAGUACAUAGCUGUAUUAUCUGAUGAGAUGUUGGACUCUGAUGACUGCACCUUGGCCUUGGAUGGUCUGUUUUUUGACAAACCUGCUGUCCAUGAAGUAAAACCACUGCACCGGGAGGUCAGUCGAUGGCAGCUGGAAGAGCCUCCAUCUCUUACUCAUAUUCCAGCCACUCAGGAUAUACAAGAGGAGGCCAAAUCGCUCUCUACACGAUACAGUUUCUCAGAGGCAACCCAUAAGUUUCAGCCUCCUUUUAAAGGAUCUGCUGGCCUUAAGGUGCUACCUUCAACAAUCAGCAGUUCCUGCAGUUUUAACAGUGAUAAGAAAGAGACUGAGAAAACUAAGGGAGGUAGCAGCAGCAGCACCAGCCAAUGCGAUGGCCUCCAGGGAGGUGAAGGGUUCAGGGAUUGCUCUCAGGGUGGCUGUCAGAGUGGCAGAGGUGGCGAUGAAACCCUGCAGGACUCUGGUCAUGUGGGCCUCAGCAGAUGGUUGUCUCAGGACUGCAGCAAAAGCCCGCCUCUACGUACAAGCUUGUUCAAUAUUCAGGUGUAUACCAGUGGAGGUGACUCUUUAAACACAGGUGACCUCAGUAGCAGUGGCGGCAGCAAUCAGACAACAGCCGGACCUCAAACUUUUCUCAGUCAGGUUACCAUGGCGACAGCGCCUCCUCCUCCUCUUCCUCUUCAGCCGCCACAGGCGACAGUUGGCCGCGCAGCUCCUCCUUUCCCCUCCAAGCCCCCCCCCUCACCCCCUCCCAUGGGUUCAUCUGCAGCGAGUGGCCGACCCCCGCAGCAGGCGCCACACUCAGAGACGCAGGACAAGGGCACAAAGAAAGGUUUCGUUCCGCCCAUGACGCCUCGGCCGCUCCUAAUCCAAGGAUCUUCUGGAUCUGGAGUUUUGCGCCCAGUUUCAGAAAUACCAUUUAAGUUCAGAUCUGUCUUCAGUGAGUUUCCCUUUUUCAAUUACGUUCAGUCCAAAGCUCUGGAUGAUGUUCUUUACACAAAUAAAAACUUUGUGGCCUGUGCUCCUACUGGAUCUGGUAAAACAGUGCUGUUUGAGCUGGCAAUCAUUCGCCUGCUAAUGGAGACACCAGAGCCCUGGAGAGAUGUCAAAGCUGUAUAUAUGGCCCCUAUCAAAGCUCUCUGCAGUCAGUGCUUUGAGAGCUGGAAAAAGAAGUUUGGUCCUCUAGGGCUGACCUGCAAGGAGCUGACUGGUGACACAGAGAUCGAUGACUUCUUUGAGAUUCAGGACUCCCACAUCAUCCUGACCACGCCUGAAAAGUGGGACAGCAUGACCAGAAAGUGGAAGGAUAACUGUUUGCUGCAGCUGGUUAGGCUCUUCCUUAUCGAUGAGGUGCAUGUCGUGAAGGAUGCAACCCGUGGUGCCACGUUGGAAGUGGUGGUGAGCAGGAUGAAGGCAGUACACACCUUCAGGACUUCACAGUAUCCAGAGGCCAGCCUCUCUAUGAGAGUUGUGGCUGUGUCUGCUACCAUACCCAAUGUAUCUGAUAUAGCAGACUGGCUGUCAAAUGAGAAUGGCCCGGCCACAUAUCUGGAUAUGGAUGAGAGCUACCGUCCAGUGAAGCUAAGGAAGGUGGUGCUGGGAUUCCCCUGUGGUUCAAAUCAAACUGAGUUCAAGUUUGAUUUGUCACUUAACUACAAGAUGGCCAACAUCAUACAGACGUACUCUGAACAGAAGCCUGCACUUGUGUUUUGCUCUACGAGGAAAGGAACUCAGCAGUCAGCUGCAGUUCUGGCUAAGGAUGCUCGAUUCAUCAUGAGCAUCGAGCACAAGCAAAGGUUGAUGAAAUAUGCAAACUCCAUUCUCGAUUCUAAACUGAGAGAUUUGGUGGCGUUAGGAGUCGGCUACCAUCACGCAGGAGUUGACUUGUCUGAUCGGAAGUUGAUAGAAGAAGCCUUCACUCUGGGAGACCUGCCUGUCCUCUUUACCACCAGGACUUUAUCCAUGGGGGUAAACCUACCAGCUCACCUGGUGGUGAUCAAAUCCACCAUGCAGUAUGUUGCAGGCUCCUGUCAGGAGUACAGCGAGGCAGAUCUGCUCCAGAUGAUAGGCCGUGCUGGAAGACCACAGUUUGACACAUCUGCUACUGCUGUGAUCAUGACCAAGAUUCAAACCAGAGAGAAGUACCUGAAGCUUAUGAACGGGAUAGAAGUCAUUGAGAGCAGCUUACACAGCCACCUGGUGGAGCACUUGAAUGCUGAGAUUGUUCUCCAGACUAUCAGUGAUGUCAAAAUGGCUCUGGACUGGAUUCGCUCCACCUUCCUUUACAUCAGAGCCCUCAAGAACCCCACACACUAUGGAUUCUCUGCCGACCUAGACAGAUGUGGAAUUGAAGCGAAAUUGCAAGAACUGUGUCUGAAGAAUCUCAACUCUCUGUCCUCUGUUGGUCUGAUCUCUAUGGAUGAGGAUAUCACCAUCAAACCGACAGAGGCUGGCAGGUUGAUGGCUAGGUACUGCAUUGCCUUUGACACCAUGAAACAGUUCAGUAAAGUGUCUGGCACUGAAAACCUGUCUGAUCUGAUUGAGCUGCUGUCAAAGAGCAGAGAGUUCAGUGACAUCCAGCUGAGAGUGAAUGAGAAAAGGUCUUUGAAUGCUUUGAACAGGGACAAGAACAGAGUCACCAUCAGGUAUCCCAUUGAUGGAAAGAUCAAAACCAGUGAGAUGAAAGUAAACUGUUUGAUUCAGGCUCAGUUAAGCUCCAUCCCAGUUCAAGAUUUUGGACUUACACAGGACACAGCAAAGAUCUUCAGGAUCGGCAUGCGCAUCAGCAGAUGUCUGUCUGAGUUUCUGAGUCAGAGGGUCAAGGCUGGUUUUUCUGCUGUGCUCAACUCCCUGAUCCUGGCUAAGUGCUUCAGAGCAAAGCUUUGGGAAAACUCACCCUAUGUUUCCAAACAGCUGGAAAAGAUAGGCCAGACUCUGUCAACUGCCAUGGUGCAUGCUGGACUCACCACAUUCAGCAAAAUAGAGCAAACCAACGCCAGAGAGCUUGAGCUGAUUCUCAAUAGGCAUCCGCCAUUUGGAAACCAAAUCAGAGAGUCUGUCAUACACCUCCCAAAGUAUGAGGUAACGGUGGAGCAGCUUCCAAGGUACAGCAGUGCCACAGCAGAGGUUGUGCUUAAAGUGAGCCUCAAAAACCAAUCACAGCUGCUAACCAGGAGAGCAGCUCAAGACCACCAUUAUGCCUCUGUUGUCAUCGGAGACGCUGAUAACAAUGUCGUCUUUCUGCAGAAACUCACGGAUGUAUUGCUGCUGAAGGGUGGGAGCUGGUCAAAGAAGAUUGAUGUGCCAAAGGCUAUGAAAGGAGAUGGGAUCAGUGUGCAUCUUAUCAGUUCAGAAUAUGUGGGUCUAGACAUCGAGCAGAAGUUCACAGUGUACUACUCUCCAGCUCGAAGAUUUGGUACUGAAAAUCCACACAACACAACGCAGGGCACCAGGAGACCGCAAUCGGUGCUGAAACCACUAUCAACAAAUCAGGCUGCAACUCUUGAGGAGAACGGCACAUCUGUGGGAGAAGAGGGCAGUCGUAGCUUUGAUUUAGGCAAUAAAAGACACUGCAACCACUUCUGCAAGAACAAGGCUUUCUGUGCCCAUGACUGUUGUAAAGUAGGUGUUACUGUGACAAGAAAGAGGUCAGCAAACCAAGAAACCAGUUUCACUUCAUAUUUGAAAGACCCGAGGAGCCGAUGUGACACAUUUGCACCUACCCCUGUUAAGCGACUCAAGAUGAAAAUGGCUGAGGAGUCUGUGUCGCUCAGCAUGCAAAAGUUUGCUUACAAACCCAAAGAGAUGCUUCCACCCCCUUCCUGGAAUAAAGAAAAUCUCUGUAAAGCUUCAGUGAGACCUCAGUCUGGGACUGACUUGGCAAGUGAAGCUCAAAUACCUGAUGUAGAAAGCCUGAAUGACUUCGACGGAGGUUCCUCGGUGUGGAUGACCACAGAUAUGAGUGUUGGGAGUCAGGACUCUCAACAGGAUCUAAACCAGGUCAAUACAACCAGCACGGUUUACUCAAAGAGCUCCACAGCAGUGCCAGAACAGGCUGCUCUCUGCAAAAAUACUUCAUCCCUCCAGAUACCGACUGUCAACUUUGACCUUGGAAACGAGUGGGAUGACUGGGGCGAUUUUGAUGAUGAUAAUCUGAUGCAUGCAAGCGAGCCAGCACUGACUUCAUACACAACUGCACAACCUCAAAUUCAGCAGUGUGGUGAAAACCGCACACCAGGCUAUGUUACAGCACCAGUAUUACUCAGCCACUCACACAUCAAACCCUCUAUAACCACUGUGACUACACCACUGAGGUUGACUUUAACAAAUGUCAGUCCUGAAAUCAAAAAAGCGGGACCCUCAACAGUCAGCCGGACAUUCACUCCACAGAAGAGAAUCACACCCAAGUGGAAUCCGAAAGUCCAUAGGCCAAAUAUUUUCAGUGAGGAAACCACUAUAAAAACAUCAUUAGAACUUCUAAAACAGCCUGAGGAGGCAAAAGUGACUAGGAGAUUGGAUUUCUUUUCAGCAUUGAGUGCCCCACCCAACGCCAGCUCAUCUCUCAAUAGAAGCAGCAAAGAGGAAGAUGCUUUUGUUGGCAUUUUUGAUGGAAUAUUUUAGAAGUACUGGUGGACACACUCUGAUAUAAACAUGUCACUAAUGUAAGGUGCUUUCUGUUUCCUGUGAGAUUUACACCUGGAGUUAUAGAGUGUUGCAAAUUCAUUCUUAUUUUGUAUUGUAAAAGAAACAAAGUUCAAAAGGGUUUUUUGAUGUGAUUGUAUUUAUGUGCGCUGUUUACUUAAUAAAGCCUGCGUUCACUGGAGGA